AUGUUGUCCCAGUCCCACCCCAAAGAACCUCAGCGAGAUGUGGAUGUGACUCCACUCGACGAUGAUCCAGAGCUGUUGACCAUCGAAGCGAACCCUCUGCAAAACCAACGGGAACUUCGCGCCCAACAGGCGCACGAUGCCGUCGACUGGUCCUAUUGCCGCAGCCUGCGCCUCUGGGGCACCUAUCUCGGGCUGGUUUUCGGUCUGUAUGGCUCCUGCGCCGCGGUGCUUGCUCCUCUGUCCAUCCUGACCUAUAUCAAUGCCGACCUUGGGCCUUCUGACGUCUACGUCAACAUCCCCAUCGCCUUCACCGCCAUGAACGCCGUGUGUUUUUUGACCUUGGGCAGGUUAUCGGAUCUGUUUGGUCGUCGGUAUUUCCUCAUCGCCCAGGUGGCUUCGGGUUUCAUCGGUGCAAUCAUGUCGGGCACCGCGAAUAACCUCAACACUUUGAUUGGAGGUGCCGUCUUCAUCGGCAUGGCUGCCGUGUCCGGGUCGACCUACCAGAUCUAUAUCGGAGAGCUUGUGCCCAUCCGGCACCGAGGAUAUUGGAACUCGUUGAUUUUGGUCCCCACCCUGUCUCUUCAGUCGUUUGGACCUGUCGUCGGCAAGUCACGAGUGUUCGUGAGAGACCACUCCUGGCGUUGGUGCUAUUACAUGGCCUCGAUCAGCUACGGCAUCGGCAUUGUGCUGCUGAUCCUCUUCUACUGGCCACCAUCCUUUGAUCAUCUGCACAAAAGGCACCGCAGGAUGGAGCUGAUCAAAGAUUUCGACUACAUUGGCCUGAUCCUGUUCGCCGCAGGCAUGGUAUUGUUCGCUUUGGGUGUCAGCUGGGGCGGUGGCUACCUCCCCUGGACUUCGGCCGCAGUGAUCGCGCCGCUUGUCAUCGGGUUUGUUGGGCUGGUCGCUUUCCUUCUUUGGCAGGCAUUCACCAAGAUCAAGGAGCCCUUGAUGAAUUGGGACUUCUUGGUCUAUAAGCCACGGAGCUACCUGUAUCCGUUCAUUGUCAGCACCACGGGCGGAAUGUUCUACUAUGGUAUUCUGCUGGUCUGGCCGAUUGUGGUGGUCAACGUAUUCGGGGCCAGCUCCAUCAUCAAGCAAGGCUUCAUGGUCUGUACGGCCUACGCCGGCGUAAGCGUCGGAGCCGUUCUGGGCGGGAUCCUCUUCCACAUCGGCGCUCACCACCGCCUCAAAGUGGUCGUGGCCAACAUCCUCAUGGUCGUUUUCACCGUCGGGGUGAGUCAGACCGAUCGGACCCAACAAGGAGCCGCGAUCGCCUGCGUCCUGAUUGCGUCCCUUUCCAACGGCGCCCUCGAGACAAUGUGCAUGUUGUGGACCUCGGUCAGCAGGAGCACCGACAACAUCGGCUUGUCCUUGGGUCUCUUGGGCUCUGGUCGGAGUUUUGGCGGUGCCGUGGCCCAGGCCAUCUUCAUCGCCGUACUCAACAACAAAGCCGGCGCAUAUAUUCCACAAUUCGUGACAUCUGCCGCCCUCGAGGCCGGCCUCCCGACCGCGUCGCUCCCGAGUCUCUUCCAGGCCAUGGCUGCCGGCACGGCAGAGGCUUUUGCGGCCGUCCCUGGGAUCACCGCCGCCAUUGUCGGGGCCGUUCAAACCGCCGUGGCCAACGCCUACGUGGAGACAUUCAAAUACGUGUAUUACACGGCGAUCGCCUUCGGUUGCUUCAGUCUCAUUUUUGCCUGCUUGCACGACAAGGACGUGCAGCACCACCUGACCAGCCACAUCGGAAAACGCCUGUACCAGAGGAGUGACACCACGAGCAGCUCCAACAUGGGAGCCGAACGCAACCAAGACGUCGACGCCUCUCCAGAGAAAGACAGGGACAACGUGACGGUUGAGCAUGCUGAUUCGGUGUGA